AGAUGUCAGAGACAGGAAAGCCGCUGCUCUGAGCACAGCCUCUUCAUGUGCAGCCCAAUGGAAAAUGUGGCUUGUCAAGGUCCUCGGUGUCAUAUAUUUGACCGCUGUUUGUGCCGCUCAGGAUCAAGAAGAUGCCACCGCUGUGGCCGGAGAAUCUGCUCCAACUGAUCCUACUCCAAUGACAAUGAGUAUUGGAACUGUCUAUGUGCCUCCUGAACCAUCUGUGCAGCUACUGUCAGGAUGGACGGAGGUGUUCCUCUCAGAGAAAGUGGAGUUCAGUUGUAAUGUCGAUGGCAGCUCUGACUGGACCUUCACCUGGUACAGAGAUGAACAGCAAGUACAAGAUUCAGAUCCAAAUGUGUCUAUCGAGGGAUCCAAGCUUACACUCACCGCAGCAUCAGACGCACAAUCUGGAAGUUAUUCUUGUAAAGGUCAUCACAAAACAAAGAGCAGUGUUAUGACUGGAACUGCUAUCCCAAUCAAGCUCAAAGUUCAUGCAAACAAGCCCAAGCCCAGUUUAACUCAAGAUUCAAACACUGAAAAGAUGUUCCUCGGAGAGUCUGUCACCUUCACAUGCAAGGUCACCGAGUCCUCUGGAUGGAAUUAUCUGUGGUACCAUAAUGGAAAUGAAAUUCAAUCCGCUGAUAGUACGACUCAUACCAUAGGGUCUAUAGAUCGUCCUGACAGUGGACGAUACCACUGCAAAGCCAAGAGAGGCAAAGACCAAUUCUUUACAGAGGAGAGUGACACAAAAACUCUGCAGGUCUUUGACCAGCCUAGACCGUCUGUGAAGAUGGUGAGUCCCUGGCUGGAGGUGUUUGAAAAUGAGACGCUGGCUUUUAGCUGUGAAGUCGACAUCAACGAUGAUUGGACGUACACCUGGUACAAAAAUAAAGAAGUGGUACCGGACGACAUGAACAUUGACAAAGUGGACUCAUAUCUCAACAUCACUUGGAUAACUCGAGCUUCUCAAGGAGACUAUACCUGUGGUGUUCAAGUCGGUUCCAGGAGACGCAGCUCUGGAAUCAGCAAUGCAACUCACAUCACCGUUUAUGAAAACACACCAAAACCAACAUUGACCAAGGUUCCUGCUUUUAACCCUAUGUACGUUGGAGAAACUGUGACCUUCACAUGCAAAGUCAGUGUGUCCUCUGGCUGGAAGUAUCAGUGGUACAGAGAUGGACACAUGCUUAAACACACCAGCGAGACCAUCAGCAUUCGUCUUGGUCUUUCUGAUCAGGGGAAAUACCUGUGCACAGCCACCAGAGAUGAAAUGACAUCAACAGACUUCAGUGAGGAAAUACCACAAGAUGUUCUUGAAAUUCCCCUUCCGUCUUUGAAGCUGGAAACAAAGUGGUUGGACGUAUUCCCUGAUGAGAGUGUGAAGUUGAGCUGUGAGAUGAACAGCAUCUCUGACUGGACUUACACGUGGGAAAAAGGCGGACAGCAGGUCCAGGCUGAUGCUGUUGUGUCUUUUCACUCAAAUGGAGCUACCCUUGACAUCAGAUCUGCUGCAGCUACACACGCAGGAGAAUAUCACUGUAAGGGACACCUGAUGGGAAGGUCUGUCAAAGGCAACUCGAGUUCUGGACUUACCCUCUCGGUGUAUGAUAAGAAACCCAGACUCGUACUGACACAGGAUCCAGACUACAAGGUGAUGUUCCCCGGAGAGUCAGUCUCCUUUACCUGUCACAUUAAUGUCUCCAGUGGAUGGGAGUACCUGUGGUUCAAAGGAGGCUCUCUACUUACCGUACCUGGAAACAAAUACUCCAUCAGCUCUGUUGGACCAACAAAUAGUGGUUUAUAUACAUGUCAAGUAAAAAGAGGCACCGAUCGAGUCUUCCUCACUGACGCCACUCAGCUUAUACGCCUUCAAGUUGAAGGGAACAAGCCUAAGCCUUCGAUGACUCAAACGCCAAAUGCUGACAAGGUGUUCACUGGAGAGUUGGUGUCCUUCGAAUGUAAGGUCACACUCUCGUCUGGUUGGAAGUAUCUCUGGUACAAAGACGAAGCACAACUCUCUAUGAACAGCAGUAUUCAUACCAUCCGUGAUGCCACUGUAUCAGACAGUGGGACUUAUAAGUGCGUGGCCCUGAGAGACAAAACAACGUACAGUACAGAGUUCAGUGAUACUCGGGCUUUGCGCGUAUCUGAAAUUCCUGUUCCAGUCUUGAAGCUGGAAACGCCAUGGCCAGAUGUGUUCCCCACUGAGAGUGUGAAGUUGAGCUGUGACAUGGACCGCACCUCCGACUGGAAGUACACAUGGUACAAAGAUGGACAGCAGGUCCAGGCUAAAAAUAGUGUGUCUUUUAAGUCGGAUGGAGCCAUUCUUUCCAUCGAUUCUGCUUCACCCUCACACCGUGGACGAUACAAGUGUUUAGGAGAGCUCAAGAGCCGGCCUGUCAAGAGCAUUUUCAGUUCUGAGCAAACUCUUGAUGUUUACGAUACAAAACCCAGAGUCAGACUGAUGCAGAAUCCCACACACGAUGUGAUGCAUAGUGGAGAUUCAGUCUCCUUCAGCUGUCACACUAAUGUCUCGUCUGGAUGGGAAUACCUGUGGUACAAAGAUGGCACUCAAAACACUGAAUCUGGAAAAAAUUACACGAUCGGGUCUGUUGAAACAUCCAACACUGGAUCAUAUCAAUGCCUCGUUAGAAGAGUAGGAAGUUCAGAGUUCCUCUCAGACGAGAGUGAAGCUGCAAGGCUUGAGGUUAAGGAGCGCCCACAGGCUAAUAUCGUCCUGUUGACUGGCUGGUCCGAGGUCUUCUCCACCGACAGCUUGCUGCUCAGAUGUGGGGUGCAGGAAAGUCCGGACAAGUUGAACUACGUGUGGAACUACACGUGGUUUAAAGAGGGCCAACCAAUCAUUCAGCCGCUCACUGAAAAACAUACAGUCACACCCCAGAAUGACCCUGAGCAGAGCCUGUACACCUGCCGGGGCGUUCGCAAUGGCAGACCAUCAUAUUCAAAAAUCAGUGAUUCUUUCAAGACCAAGAACCUUCUUUUGAAGAGGAGAGUGCUUCUUUCCAUCUCUGGCUGUAUCUUCUUUGGCAUCAUCGCUGUCUUCAUUGGAUGCAUUGCCCUCAGAAUCUUCCGCAAACCAGCUGAUGAUGAUGAGAAGCCAGAAGACACAGAGCUGUUUCCUACCAUGGCUCAGCUAAAGGACCGUGAUGAUGCAGCCUGUCCACUGGUUAAGUACAUUACUGAUGCAGAACUGAGAGCUUCACCUAAAGAAGCAGAAGAGAACGGCACGAUUUGCAGUGAAACAACACCCUUACCAAUAACUUCACAGGAGGACCAAGCUGUGACGAGUGAGAACCAUGACACAACAGAAAACAACGGUGGACUGGUUUCCUUUAAACAAUGAGUCACUGAAGCUCUCAUUGCAUCACUUUGGCAAAUAAUUACAAGUCUAUAAACGUUUAAGGCUUUUUUUUUAAGAUUUUUUUUUUUUUUUGGUCUUUAUUUGAUAGGACAGUCUAAGCAUGAAGCGGGGAAGGGAGAGAGGGGAUGACAUGUAGCAAAGGGCAGCAGGCUGGCAUUGAACCUAUGGCUGCUAAAGAAAGGACAUUGCCUUUGUAUAUGGGACACCUGCUCUAGCAACUCAGCCACUGGGUGACACAGCCCUGUGAGGCUUUGAUGGGUUACAAUUUUUUUUUGAUGUAUUAAAACUAGAGAGACCUUCUCGCUGUUUAUAGGCUACAAGCGGCAUAUAAAAUUUAAAGUUUUGACUUGUCUGCAGUACUGGAUAAAAGUCGAGUAAAUGAAUUAGGAGUCGUCCUCCGGGCACUGUAAAUAUUGGUACCAAAUUUAAUGGAAAUUAAAAUAGUUAACAAUAUUGCACCCUGGAACAACAGGCUGCCAUUUAAUGUGUACAGAUUUGUUUUGCACUGAACAUGACCUGGCGGCACAGUACUGUUGAGAACUGUACAUAUUUUAAUCCACGUCACUGUACUGAUGAACUGUUAAAGGCACUGUUUACAUUAUUAUGUGAUAUGCAUCAAUGAUAUACAUUGUUGGCUUUCAUUGUUAGCAGUUAUGUGUACUGUACAUAUGUGUUGACCUGCAGGAGAAUAUAUCAGUCCUCCUUUGGUUGGUUUUUUUACUUGUUGUAGCAAACACCUGGGGCCAGAUGUAUAAACUGUGUAUGCCCAAAAACAUUUCACUGGUCAUGUUAUUAAUUUGCGGGCUACACCUCGUUGUGUGAAAUGUCAAUCAAAGGCACAUUUAUACAGUAAUUUUUAAAUAAUUUAUGAGUGGUAAAUCAUUCUUUUUACUUUUCAUCCUCAACUGUAAAGCACUUUAAGAAGUGAUGAUAUGAUAUGAGCGCUAUAAAUGAACCUUUCUGAUGUUUAAUAAUGAUGAUUGAGACAUAACCUCGAAGAUGGUUUACAGGUACAUGUGAGGAAUUAGUGGUAUGGGUGCUAUAAAUGGCCGCAGUUGUGCAUCUGGCCCCAGAUUUGAGUAAAUAUAAGUUAGUCUACACCACAGCUUAUUUAAUAUUAAAUGUUACAGCAGUUUAUGUUAUUGCUGUCUUCCUCUCAACUGCCAUUCAAGCAAUUUGUGUCUCCCGAUGAAAUUAUCAAAAUAAAAAAUACAAAAUGUC